UUUUGUUUUAUGUACAGUACAGUACUUAGUUACUUAAUGAGACUGAUUUAUUUCAUUAUUUCAGGAAAGCAUAAGGGUGGACGUCGUCAGUUCACAAACUUUGAGGCCUUAGAGGAGCAAAAGAAAAAAGAAGAGAAGGAAAAGCAGUGGAGAAAAACCCAGGGCGAGACAGACAGUGAAGAGGAGGGAGAAGGAGAAGAGAAGUCAAGCGCUAGCUCAGAAGAGUCCGGGAGUGAAGAAGAAGAAGAAGGAGAGGGAGAGGAUGAUCAGAAGGAAAGGAAACCCAAAGGAGUUGCUGCUUUAAUUGAGACAGAAAAUCCUAACCGUGUAGUAAAUAAGACCAAGAAAGUUACUGAGUUAAGCACAACAACUAGUGGGGCGGCUGCUGGAAAACCUCAACUUUCUCGUCGUGAAAGAGAAGAAAUUGAAAAGCAAAGAGCCACAGCUCAUUAUCGCAAAAUGCAUGCUGAAGGAAAAACAGAGGAGGCAAGGUCUGAUUUGGCGCGUCUAGCAAUCAUCAGACAACAGAGAGAAGAAGCAGCAAAAAAGAAGGAAGAGGAAAGGAUUGCACGCGAGGAAGCUGCAGCUGCAAAGAAAGAGAAGAUGGCCAGGGCGUUAAACAAGAAAAGGAGUUGAUCGUUUCCAAAUCAUAGAUGUAUGACUUGAUGUAUCACGUUAGAUGUUUAAAUGACAGCUUUUAGCUAUAGCACUACAGGCAAUUGGCUUUGUGCAGAAUUUUAACUGCUAAGGUUUCCUAAGCAUUU